AGAACCCCGAGACAAAGCUGCCACCAAACGAGAGCUGGAGUCGGAGCUGCAGUCAUCAAUUCUUCAUCUGCACGCGCCAAAGUCGCAGCGCACCCGACUUGGUCUGGCCUGGCCCGAUCCAAUCCGAUACGAUCCGAUUCGACUCAUUCCUUGCAGCUAGAUCCAUUUUUUUUUUGUUUUCUGCUAUAAAUAUAGUGUGUUUUUUUUUCGCUUUGUCGCCAAACUGGUGCGUGGCUGCGGCGCAUGCGUGCGAGCUUUUCUGUGCGAGUGUUGGCCAACUGACCGAACGUAUAUAAGCGAUUAUAGGGCCGGGCUGGCCAACAGUCCAGUCCAGUCGGCCGCGCUGCCUUGCUCUACAUCCCCGAAGCGUACCGAGCGUUCCGUUCCGUUCCGUUCCGUUGCGUAUCAGUCCGUUUCGUGUUGCGGGUCUAUAUCGAGUCCGUGGCGUCUGUUCGAUUCAAUUGAGUCGUUCGUCCCCGUGUGUGUGUCUGCUCCGCAAGGCAGUACCUCUCGACCUGACAAAGGAUAGAUUGAUCCUUGGAGCAAGCUUGUGAAUUCUUUUUUUGGAAAAGUGCAAAUGUUGUGUCAUUGACAGAAAGGAUCCAUAAAGUUUCUUCAUUAAUCCAGAGCCAACGAAUUUUUUUAGUGGAAAUAUGAAGUUCCAUCUGAUAGCCCUGCUGGGCUUACUCGGCUCCGUGCUGGCCGAUCCCUCAGCCCUACCCUCGCCCACACUGGCACCACCGCUGCCGCCCUGUGUGCAUGCGGCCACCACCGGCUAUGUAUAUCCACCCCCAGCCGAGGUGAAGUUCUCCAUAUCUCCGGGCGUGACCAAGUACAGCCAGUCGCCGGCGAUUUCCUCGUAUUCCGAGAACGGAAAGCUUCUGCACACGGCGAUCGGGAGCUCAGGGUCCUCCUACGAAUCCAGCGCGGGACUUGAGGGCCUGUCGCAUGGUGGCCUCACCCAGAUUGACAAGUACAUAGCUCCGGUGCAGAAAUCACUGUUCUCGCCAUCGGCGGAGUACGGAGGAGCAGGUAUCACCUAUGCAGAGAAGUCACCGGCUGCCAAGUAUGCGACUGUGGUGCCGUCAGGCAUCGAGAUCAAGAACCUGCUUUCUCCAGCUCUCACCAAGACACUGCUGUCGGCCCCAAGGCUGGACAAUGGUUACCUGCCCCCAUCUCCCAGCCUGAGCAAGGUGGCCACGUACACCUCGCCCGGAUACAGCUACAGCUCGGCGACGCCCGGCAUCUCGAAGGUGGCCACUUACUCGUUUCCGGCCCCAGCUCCGGCCCCGGCUAGCGUGCCCUACUAUGCACCGCCGGUGACCACCAAGGUGGAGACCUACAGCUCACCCGGAUACACCUAUUCCAAGGCCAGUCCGGGCUACUCCAAAGUUGAGACCUACAGCUCGCCCGGCUACAGCUACGGCCAGCUCUCGCCCGGCCUUUCCAAGAUUGCAACUUACUCGCCCUCCGUCUCCUACGCGGCACCAGCAAUAGCCAAGGUCUCUGCCUACGUCGCCCCGGCUGUUAAGCUGGCCACCACCUCGUCCCUGCUAUCCUCCCAUGGCACGGGCUACUCCGCCAGCUAUGCUCCAGCCCUCACAAAGUACAGCCAGGCGGCGGAUGUUUCCCAUCAGUUCAUAUCCAAGCCCAUCAUUGCCGCCUAUCCGGCAGCGGCUCCAGCCAUUGCCACCUAUUCCUCGGCUCCGGCCGUCACAAAGAUCGUCGGAAGCUAUGGAGGAUCUGCAUCCGGUGCUGUUUCCCAUCAGUACGUGUCAAAGCCAGCAGUGGCCACCUACUCCACAGCUCCUGCCAUAGCCAAGGUGGCGACCUAUGCUGCUCCAGCAUUAUCCACAUACUCCUCAGGUCCCGCUAUCACCAAGCUCUCGACCAGCUACGGAGGAAGUGGUUCCGGCGCCAUUUCCCAUCAAUAUGCUGCAGCUCCUGCCGUUGCCUACGCCUCCCCGUCCAUUUCUACAUACUCUGCGGCUCCCAGUCUCUCCAAGAUUGCCACUAACUAUGGCAGCACUGGCCACGGCGGAGCCGUCUCCCAUCAGUAUGUGUCCAAGCCAGCGGUGGCUACUUAUUCGGCCGCUCCCGCUAUUGCGAAGGUGGCGACUUAUGCUGCUCCAGCGGUUGCCACCUAUGCGUCUGCCCCCGCCAUAACCAAGCUAUCGACCAGCUACGGAGGAAGCGGUUCAGGAGGAGCCGUUUCACAUCAGUAUGUCUCCAAGCCGGCUGUGGCCACAUACUCCUCUGGUCCUGCCAUUGCCAAGGUAGCCACCUAUGCAGCUCCAGCCUUAUCCUACUCCUCAGCUCCAGCCAUUUCCAAGGUGGCCUACGCUGCUCCUGCUGUUUCCGCCUACUCCUCAGGUCCGGUCGUAACCAAAGUGACCACUGGGUAUGGCAGCCACGGCGGAAGCUAUGGAGGAAGCGGCUCGGGAGCCAUUUCCCACCAGUAUGUCUCCAAGCCGGCAGUUGCCACAUACUCCUCUGGUCCUGCCAUAGCCAAAGUAGCAUCCUACGCUGCUCCUGCCAUAGCCACAUACUCCGCAGCUCCUGCCAUCGCAAAGGUGGCGACAUAUGCUGCUCCUUCUAUUGCAACCUAUUCCUCAGGCCCCGCCCAUGCCAAAGUAGCAACCUACAGCCAGGCAGCGGAUGUUUCCCAUCAGUACAUUUCGAAACCCAUUGUCGCUGCCUAUCCGGCAGCGGCUCCAGCCAUUGCCACCUAUUCCUCGGCUCCGGCCGUCACAAAGAUCGUAGGCAGCUAUGGAGGAUCUGCAUCCGGUGCUGUCUCCCAUCAGUACGUGUCAAAGCCAGCGAUUGUCGCUGGUCCUGCCAUCUCCAAAGUGGCUACCUAUGCUGCUCCAGCCAUCGCCACCUACUCCCCGGCUCCGGCCGUCACAAAGAUCGUGGGCAGCUAUGGAGGAUCUGCAUCCGGUGCUGUUUCCCAUCAGUACGUGUCAAAACCAGCAGUGGCCACCUACUCCUCAGCUCCUGCCAUCUCCAAGGUGGCUACCUAUGCAGCUCCAGCCGUUGCCACCUAUGCUGCUGCUCCCGUUGUAACUAAAGUGGCCACUGGCUAUGGUGGAGGAGGCUAUGGGAGCUACGGAGGAAGCGGUUCAGCUGGGGCCGUAUCCCAUCAGUAUGUGUCCAAGCCAGCAGUGGCAACCUAUUCCUCUGGGCCUGCCAUAGCCAAGGUAGCAUCCUACGCUGCUCCUACCAUUUCCACGUACUCCUCGGCUCCCAGCCUCACCAAGAUUGCCACCAGCUACGGCAGCAGCGGGCACGGUGGCCUCUCAUAUGGCCCAGCUGUCACCAAGAUUGCCAGCUAUGCUCCAGCAUUGUCCAAGACUUAUUUGCCAGCUGCUCCGGCCAUCUCCCUGCCAGCAGUUUCCAGCUAUUCUUCCGGUCCGGUCGUAACCAAAGUGUCGUCUGGCUAUGGAGGCUAUGGAAGCUAUGGAGGAAGCGGCUCAGGAGGAGCCGUCUCUCAUCAGUAUGUGUCCAAGCCCGCACUGGCAACCAUCUCAGCAGGUCCUGCCAUAGCAAAGGUGGCAUCUUACGCAGCCCCCGCCAUAUCGACUUAUUCCGCUGCUCCCGUCCUAACGAAAGUGGCCACUGGCUAUGGAGGUCAUGGAGGAAGCGGUUAUGGAGGUUCUGUCUCCCAUCAGUACGUGUCCAAGCCCGUCAUUGGCAGCAUCUCGGCUGCUCCUGCCAUAGCAAAGAUAGCCACGUAUGGCGCGCCGGAUGUUAGCCACAUCUCUGCGGGUCCGGCACUGGUCAAGGUUGGCUCUUCCUCUUCCCAUGGCCUGGGAUUGGGUCUUGGCUACUCUGCUAGCGGACAUGGCGCUGUGUCCACUCAAUAUGUGUCCAAGCCUGCAGGAGCUGCUCUUCUGGGUGCUCCGUUGACCAAGCUAACCUCUGGUCCGGCCUACGCUCUGGGAGGAAAGCUGGCCAGCAGCACAGCCUACGGCAUAAGUGCAGGUAAAUUGGGCCUUGGCUCGGGUCACGAUGGCAGCUACUAUGGAGCCAUCUCCUUGGGUCACGGAGGCGUCUCUCCGGCCCUAAACUAUCAGGGACUUCUCACGCAUGGCACUCAUGGUAGUCUGUCCCAUGGCGGCCUAGGUCUAGGUCUAGGUGGCUUGGCUCAUGGAGGACUGUCAUACGCUCCAAUCACAUCCUCACAUUUGGACGCCUCGCUGAGUGGCUAUGACCAUGGUGUAGGAGGAAUUGGACCUUUGGGCGCCGGUUUCUAUCGUUAUGCUCCGAGUGUGCCGGCGUUAAGGGCUCAUGCUCCACUGCCGGCUACCGCCUACCUGAAGUCGGCGCCCGUGGCCCAGCCAGCCCUGCUCAAGGUGGUGCCAGAGAAGCAUCUAGAACACUUUGAUGCCCAUCCUCGCUAUGCCUUUGAGUAUGCCGUAAAUGAUCCGCAUACGGGCGACAACAAGCAUCAGCGCGAGGAACGGGAUGGAGAUGUGGUCAAGGGAGAGUACUCCUUGGUGGAGCCCGAUGGCAAUGUGCGCACAGUCAAGUACUAUGCCGACUGGGAAACGGGCUUCCACGCCGAGGUCAUCAACAGUCGCGAUCAGGGCAAAAUUGUGGCCAAGCGUCAGACGGCAGCCAAGUCGUGAGCUCUAACAGUUACAAAAUUGUUUUGUUCGUUCAGCAACUGUAAAUAGCCUCAAAUCCAAUCUUCUUCUCAUUAAACAUUAAACGUAUUUAUGUAAAACUCCACAACGAUAACGAUACACCACAACCACGAUGUCACACGGCCCGCCAUUCUUGCCAUUCUCUCUAUAUGUGUAUACCUAUCCACUCGCUCCCGUCUAAAGAUACCUAACUACUGAUCCCCGAUCCUGAUCCUGAUCCCUGUGCUCAUGUGAUAGGCGUUUCGUAUUUUACUGAACUGCUUGCGCUGCUCUCUCAACCCUAAAUGCGCGUUUCUUAUGCCUAACUAUUUGUACAUACCUAAAUGGAUUGAUUGUAUAUUGAUAUAUAUUGUAAAAUGUUGACUUCAAAUAAACAAGAUUUAAGAACGCCACAGUCGAGAGUGCUCGACAAUGAGAUAUAAAGCCUCAA